ACCACUUUGAAAACAGAGACACGUCACGAACUCCACAUUGUAGAUGUGAUCUAAAGUCCAUACAGCUACCUUGGAGCAUAGCCAACGUAAGGAUGCUCUAAUAUAAAGGGCAGGCUUUGGAAUCAACUUCAUCCUCAGACCCAAACACCAAGGGUUCAGAUUUUCACCAUUGGGACAAGGCUGAUUCAUCCAGAGAGUCAACAUGCUGGUGAAAGUCGUAGCUCUUGCACUAGUUGCGUGUGCCAUCACAGGUUCUCAAGCCAAGAUCAGCACUGACCAGAUUUCUGAUGCUUUCUGGAAUUACUUCACCAAGAUGACCAGCGACACCAAAGAAAAAGUGGAGCAAAUACAACAAUCUGACAUCAGCAAACAGUUAAACGUUCUCAUUGCUGAACACUUUAAGAACAUCAAUCUUUAUGCAGGAGAACUACAGCAACAACUUAUUCCCUUCGCCAAGCAGGUACAUGACCAGCUAACACAAGACCCAGAAAAAAUGAAGGAACAAAUAAGUCAGGAGCUGGAGAAGUUGAGAGCCAAGCUGUCCCCAUUUGCAGAAGAGGUACAAAAGCAGCUGAGUAAGAAUGCAGAGGAGUUUCAGGAAAAACUUGCUCCCUAUACGAAAGAGCUUCAAGCCCAGCUGGACAAGAACACUGAGAUAGUCACUGAAAAACUGAAGUCUUUUACAAAGGACCUAGAAGCCAAGAUCAGAGAGAAUACAGAUCAUGUGCAGGCUACACUGAUCCCAUAUUCCCAGGAACUGAAGGCUGCAAUAGAUGACAAUGUGGAGCAGCUGAGAAAUCAACUGAAACCCAUCACUGAGAAAGUCAAAGAUAAUAUUGAUCAACAACUGCAAGAGCUGUAUAAAAGCCUAUCACCCUAUGCAGAGGAUGUACAAGAAGAACUGCGUAACCAGAUCAAAAAUAUGGAAUUUCAGAUGAAGAAGAAUGUUGAGCAGAUGGAAAGUAAAAUCAUGGAGGUCACUGGUCAGCUGAAAGAGCAACUCUACCCCUACGCCAAUGAGCUAAGAAACAAGCUGGAAGGAGACAUGACAAAUGUUAAGCAAACUUUGGAGCCAUAUCUAACAAAGAUGAAUGAGCAGAUGGACCAGAAGAUUGUAGAAUUUAAAGACACCAUGAUCCCUUAUGCAGAAGCCCUCAACAAAGCCCUUGUUCACAGAGUGGAAGACAUGAAGAAGAAGUACGGAGAAUACACUGUGAGCGUACAGGAUCAAGUGGAGUAUCUGGAGAAAGAUGUCCGAGACAAGAUCCAAGAUUUCAUCAACAAGGGUGUUUCCACUGAAAACUGAGCCCAUGCUCCUCCCAAAGAACAAUGUGACCUGCCAUGAUACCACUUAACAUUCCACAGUAGUGCUACUAUGUUAAUAUUAGUGGCACUACUUUACUACUACAUUUCUUGAGCUCGUAUUAUCUCCUUUAAGUUUACACAAUUACAGGCCGAUGGUCUAGCCUGACCUUAGUAGAGCAUAGUCAAAGAGUAAAAUCAGUAGUCUUUCCAGUGCAUCAUUAUAUAGUUAACAGUAACGACAGCUGGAAUAAUGCACAUAUUCUUUCUGUAACUCAACUAAACAGCAAACAUGCCUUACGUUUUGUAUACUGUUGUAUUAUUCAAAAUUACCUUUUAUAUGUCAUCAUUCCAUCAUUUAUAAACCUUGCAUUUGUGACAACACUUUUGCAUUCUAUUCAAUAAAAAAACAACUCAGCAAUA